UGGGACAAUGCGAGGGGCGGUGCUUGUGGAAGAAAAUGGCGGCCGUCAGAGGGUUGAGUCUAACCGCUGUGGCCCUGAGAGCAGUCACUCUCUGGCCAGGGGGCAGGCUCCUCGCGGCCUCCCGCGGACCUCGGGCGCUUCGGGAACUGUCGUCCUCCAGCCCCGAAGCUGGCGAAGGGCAGAUCCACCUCACCGACAGCUGCGUCCAGAGGCUUCUGGAAAUCACCGAAGGGUCAGAAUUCCUCAGGCUGGAGGUGGAGGGAGGUGGAUGCUCCGGAUUCCAGUACAAAUUUUCACUGGAUACAGUUAUCAACCCCGACGACAGGGUAUUUGAACAGGGUGGGGCAAGAGUGGUGGUUGACUCUGAUAGCUUGGCCUUCGUGAAAGGGGCCCAUGUGGACUUCAGCCAAGAACUGAUCCGAAGCUCAUUUCAAGUGUUGAACAAUCCUCAAGCACAGCAAGGCUGCUCCUGUGGGUCAUCCUUCUCUGUCAAACUUUGAUGUGAUGACAGGUGACCCAGAGAUGACCAUCAUCUGUACGGAUUUGAGGAACCUGGGAUUAGAAGAAUUCUAGAGGUUUCCUUCCAAUCCUGUCCCUCUCACAGUUUCAUUUCCCUCGAUCCAGGAAUGCUGUGUUUCACCACUAUUUAUUUUCAGAAUGUGAAGCUUUUUCUCUUGAGUUAAUUUCUCCCUCACAGUUGUAAGGCCAAGCCUGUAGAUGCUAUUACGUAAGAUUUAGUAACUUGUCGAAACCAGUAUCCUCUGUAGAGCCUCCAAGGUUCCAGAAUUUGGAAUUCUCUGGCCUUCAGAGCUACUUGUACAUAGGUGUAUAGCUGUGUGUAAAAGCUUCAUUUUAAAGAAAGUCCUUAAUUACUUGUGUUGUGGAUCAGGGUCAUAGAUUGGGUGGGUUGAACACUGGUUACUAGGCCAGAGAGGAUGAAAAAGGCAAAUGAAAUGUUAUCUUUUUCAUUUCAUCCUUCCUGAAUGUGCUAGUUGACUUACCCUUAUUUUCUAUGCAGCCCAUUCUCUGCUUCCCAUUUGUUACAGCAGAUACAUUUUCCUCUCAUACUCAUGAAUCUGCUAGAUUCACAAAACCAAUUGCCCAUCACCCAGAAAACUUGGACCUAAACCUCACUGAUACUUGAAUUGUUUGAAAAAUAGCCUCAUACUCCAUAUUCACACAGACAUUUUAAGCUUCUUUGAUCCUUUAGUGACUGAAUCUUUUUAGAAUAUGUUGCUUCACUUACCUUAUGGUGUAAAAUGUUUCUGAUCUCAUUGCAUAGCAGGAAGUGGUCCCUUUGUUGGCACAGAUAAUAGAUACUUGGGGAUUUUUUUUUUUUUUUUUUUAGUUUGGACUACCAGAUAAAAUGCAGGAUGCCCAUUUAAAUAUGAAUUUCAGAUAAAUAGCAAAUAAUUUUUAGUAUAAGUGUGUCUCAGUGAAUACUAGAAAUUAUUUGUUGCUUAUCUGAGAUUCAAAUUUCACCGGGUAUCCUGUAUAUUACUUGUUAAACUUGGUAACCUUACUUUAGAGUCACUGAAAGAAGAGCUUUUUAGCCACAAAUUCCAAUAAAUUUUAAAGUACUUGUUUGGUAAAGCACUUAAAUAAGCUAAAGAGCUAGAAAUGAUUGUGGUAUGUGUGUGAUGGAGCUGGGGCAGCCAGAACUGCAUGGACAGACAACUAAAAAAAGAUAAAAACACCACCACCAUGACAAAUGAUUAAUGAAUGCUAAUGCUGGGGAAACCACAACCAAGUUGAUUCUGUAAGGAUUAUUGGUUAAACCCAUCUUUUCCUCGAGAGCCUAAAAGUUCAUGUUGGCAAAUCUUGCAUUUCUGGACUGGAUUGAAAUUUUUCUAGACUGGAUUGGAAUUGAGGUCAUUCAAUAAAGAAUUUACCAUUAGAAAAAUAGAAAUACAGAAUUUAGAGACAAAAUAGCUGAGACAGAAACUUCAUACUUACAUUUUCAAUAUGGGAAAACCUAGGACUUAGAGAAAACAAACCUAUCGUGUGUGCAGUCUGUACAAAGAUGAAAGAAAGGGACACUCAGAAACCUGAGCAGUUUUUUUUUUA